UCGCUCGGUUCGGACCUCUUUGAUCCGCACCGUAAUGACCGGAAGGAGCCUAAGAAACCUAAGAACGGCGUUAACGAAACUAAAAAACAAAAAAGAAAUAUCGAAAAAUCAAAAAUUUCAAGAACGUCAAAACGGCUGUCAGUGUGACGAUAUGAUUUCGAGCGUAGCAGAAGAUUAUAUCCGUAAUGUUGUGCCGAAAUUACAAAAACCCGCGCCUUUCUUUAAAGGUCAAGCUUUGGUGAAAGGUGAGUUCAAAGAUAUCUCACUCGAUCUCUACAAAGGACGUUAUUUGGUGUUGUUUUUUUACCCGAUGGAUUUUACCUUUGUUUGUCCGACGGAGAUAAUCGCAUUUAGCGACCGCAUUGCCGAUUUUGAAGCUUUGUACACGGACGUGAUAGGUUGCAGCACGGACAGUGUGUAUUCCCAUUUUGCUUGGUGUCAGCAGCCGCGGAAAGAAGGUGGAUUGGGCGACAUGAAGAUCCCGCUAUUAGCCGACAAAAAUAUGCAAAUAAGCAGGGAUUAUGGCGUUUUGGACGAGGAUACCGGAAUUGCGUUUCGCGGCCUUUUCAUUAUCGAUAAAAGAGCCCAUUUGAGGCAAAUUAUCGUAAACGAUUUGCCGAUUGGGAGAGACGUGGACGAAGUUUUACGGUUAGUACAAGCGAUUAAGUUCACCGAUGAAAAUGGGGAGGUUUGCCCCGUUAAUUGGAAACCGGGCGCUAAAACUCUUCAACCGACAGCCGAUGGACUCAAAAAAUUUGUUAAUACUUAAUUAAAAUAUUCAUAAAAUUAAUUUGAUGAUUAAAGUGCUUGAUUU